AUGAAAAGUAGCUCAUGGCAUAUCGCUCUAUUGGACAUUGUCGAUGUCAUGAUAGAAGCGGUUGCAUUAGAAUUGUACAGAGAUGCUCCACAGGUCCUGGAGGGGUGGAUAGCAACGGUGAUACUCAAGUGUGCGGAACAAAGGAUACAAAUCGGAUCUCCACUUAUAGCAGUAAGAUAUGCAAUUGCUUCAGAUCCAUGUAAGCCAUUGCUUGAAAAGGUAUCGGAAUGUUUACAAAUAAUUAACAUCCCCAAAUACACUCUUCGGACUAUGGAUGAGAUAAGAAAAGACCCUCAUGCCUUCGCAAAGAUAUCGGGAAUAUCAUUAGGCUGUCUUCUAAUCCAAAUCCUCCUAUUCAGGACAUCUUGGACAAAUCUCAAAAGGAAGACCUUCCACUUCUUUGCAUUCCUGGUGUUCUAUAAAGAAUAUGAGGUGUCGUUGCUACUUGGGGAGGGGCUGCUUCUCACCAUGAGCCUUCUAUCAUCGUGUAAGUACAUCAACUCUCUGCUCAGCCCUUACCUCAGCAAAAACGACAGCGGAAGAAUUGUACUUUCCCACGUCUAUCUUCUGUCUUCCUGCAUAUAUCCAAGACUAUUUAUACGGCAUGCGGAGUAUGUCUCCACCUUGAUUUCUAUCUGUUUUCAGGACUCAGCAGCCUCAAUUGUCGGGGGAUGGCUAGGAAAGACAGAGAAGUCGAUUGAAGGGGCAAUAGGAGGAGUGGCAUCGGGAAUGAUGGUUUAUUUCGUUCUCUACAGAAGGGUUGACAUGGCUCUAUUCUUCGUGUUCAUGGGAAUUGUAGAGUAUCUCAUUCCAAUUAACGAUAACAUAGUCAUUCCAUUCUCUGCAGUUUUAUACUUCCAGGUAUUGAAAAAGCUCAGGCCUAGCAGCAACCUUUCUUGGGGGUAG